CUCUUCCUCGUCUCACUCUUUGGAAUGUUGAAACUUGGAUUCAACGUUGACCCAAUCUCUCUCCCUUUCUCACGUUACCCUUGUUCAACAAACCAUCCAUUAAGCUUCGACGGAGAACAAAACGCUGAAUCUCAUCUGGGUUUGGCUCAAGAAUCGAUUUUGGCUCCUGGGUCAUCGAAUUCGAACGCGGUUAUUCAAUUAGACGGUGGAAAAAACGAGACUUUGUUAACGGAAGGUGAUUUCUGGAUACAACCUGAUGGGUUAGGGUUUAAGCCCUGUUUGGGAUUUACAAGUCAGUAUAGAAGAGAUAGCAAUUCGAUUUUGAAGAACAGAUGGAAAUAUUUGCUUGUUGUUGUCUCUGGUGGGAUGAAUCAGCAAAGGAAUCAGAUUGUUGAUGCUGUUGUGAUCGCUAGGAUUCUUGGUGCUUCUUUAGUUGUUCCUGUUUUACAGGUUAAUGUCAUUUGGGGAGACGAAAGUGAAUUUGCGGAUAUAUUCGAUUUGGAGCAUUUCAAGAAUGUUUUAGCGGAUGAUGUUCAUAUAGUGUCUUCUCUACCUUCUACACAUGUAAUGACGAGACCUGUUGAAGAGAAGAGGACUCCACUUCAUGCUUCUCCUCAAUGGAUUCGUGCUCAUUAUCUUAAGCGAAUUAACAGAGAAAGAGUUUUACUUCUUCGUGGCCUCGAUUCAAGACUCUCCAAGGACCUUCCUUCCGAUCUUCAGAAACUCCGAUGCAAGGUGGCUUUCCAAGCGCUGAGAUUUUCUCCGAGGAUUCUUGAACUUGGUAACAAGUUAGCUUCAAGAAUGCGUAACCAAGGACAGUAUCUCUCACUUCAUCUAAGAAUGGAGAAAGAUGUUUGGGUUAGAACUGGUUGUCUUCCCGGUUUAACUCCCGAGUACGAUGAAAUAGUCAACAGCGAAAGAGAACGUCACCCCGAGCUUCUUACCGGUAGAUCAAACAUGACUUAUCAGGAGAGAAAACUCGCCGGUCUAUGCCCUUUAACUGCUCUAGAAGUCACAAGGCUGCUUAAAGCAUUAGAAGCUCCAAAGGAUGCGAGAAUCUAUUGGGCAGGAGGAGAGCCUCUAGGAGGAAAAGAGGUUUUGGAGCCACUAACUAAAGAAUUCCCUCAGUUCUACAACAAGCAUGAUCUUGCAUUACCAGGCGAACUCGAACCAUUUGCCAAGAAAGCUUCGGUUAUGGCUGCUAUCGACUACAUUGUUUGCGAAAAGAGUGAUGUUUUCAUACCAUCUCAUGGAGGAAACAUGGGACAUGCGUUACAAGGGCAAAGAGCUUAUGCUGGUCACAAGAAAUACAUCACUCCUAACAAGAGACAGAUGCUUCCUUAUUUCAUGAAUUCGUCGCUUCCUGAAUCGGACUUUAACAGGAUUGUGAAAGAUCUUCAUCGAGAAUCGCUUGGACAGCCGGAAUUGAGAAUGAGCAAAGCAGGUAAAGAUGUUACAAAACAUCCUGUUCCAGAGUGUUUUUGGGGUUUGAGAGACAGAGAGGUUUUGGCUUCUGGGUCGUUCGUGUUUGAUCAAUCUUCGUAUCUCGAAACGGUGAACUUUGUUGGGUUUGGAUUUUGCGCACUGUUGAAUCAGCUUUUCAAGAUGCCUCGAAGACCAUCAUCAGGAAGAAGAGUGUUAAAGUAUCAGCCUUUAACAUUUUCACCGUUUAUGCGGUUACUUUCCUUUGCUUCAAUGGCUAGGCGUAAUUUGCCUCAUCCUGAAGAUUGUCAAUGUUCUGAUGAAGAGAUAUCUUUUGAUGAAAAGGAAAAGCUCCCUAAUUUACCUAAGAAAGGGAAAGAAGAACAACUUUCGGACUCGUCUGAUGAAGACGAUUCUCAGGAAGAUGUCCAAGCAGACUUUGAGUUCUUUGAUCCUAAACCUACAGACUUUCAUGGGGUUAAGAUCCUGUUACAAAACUAUCUCGAUGACAAGGAGUGGGAUUUGAGCAGUUUUGUUGAUUUCAUAUUGGAGCAAACAACUGUAGGAACUGUUGUCAAAGUAGCAGAUGAUGAGGACGAGUCAAUAUUUGCUCUUGUCACUGCGCUUAACAUGGCAAGAUAUAAGGCAAAAAAGAAUAUAACGAAUAAUCUAGAAAUGCUCUUAGAGAAAAAGGCACAAGAUGUUGGUUUAUUGGUAUCUCAAAGAGUGAUGAAUCUUCCACCACAACUUCUUCCUCCACUGUACGAUGGAUUGUUCGAUGAAGUCUCAUGGGCCACUGAAGACGAGCCUACAGAAGAGCUUCGAAGAUCAUUCCGCUUCAAGUCAUAUCUUCUAAUUACCAAGAUUUACAAGCUGAAGAAUCCUAAGCAGAGAAAACCUCGACAUGGUGAAGAAGACAUUGAAGAAACUAUAUUUCUUAAGCCUGAAGAUGAACUCUUUCUUGAGCUUAGCUCUUGGUCCUUCACAUUCCCUAUGCGCUCACAGCUCGUUACUUCCCAAGAAAUGAAGAAUUAUCAGCUGCUGGGUUUAGUGAUGGCCGUGGAAGCAAACAAGAUUCCUAAAUUCAGACAGAUGUUGAACUCUCUCAUUGAUGAACAAUGAUGAACAUCUUCUUCUUAAAGAUUCGAUUAACGGUUUAGUUGUAAUCGAUUCCCGCCAGUUUUGUUUGAUUCGGUUAACGAUUAUUGAGGCUUUGUUAUUACCAAAACUGUGGUUUCUUUUGUCUGAAACAAUGUCUUGUAAAACUCUAUAAAACGCACAACAUUAU